UGAAAACACGACAUUUAGAUGAUAGUAUUACAUCAAACCAAUUUUAACAUAACGAUACUAAUAAAAACGUGUAUAAUACAGAAUUGUGGGCUAAUUGGAAAGUAUGCAUAAUACCUACUUGAAGGUGAUUUUCAUUAUUCAAGCUAGCUAGAUAAAGUUUGCAUUGUUGCUAUUCACCGGUAUUUUUUGUUGUUGUUGUUUUGUUUAUUUGUUGUUGUUGUGUUUUUUCCCCCGGGAAAUAACAUAAUAAUAAAACUUUAUUAUGUAUCAAAAUCUCCAAAGAGCAUAAUAAUCCUGUGACCUCAGCAGAGCAGUAGACACUCGCUCCGUUUAACGACAAGAAGCAUAAUCUCUCUCUCAAUUGGCAAAUCUUAAAAUAGUGUCAGUGGGCUCCUCUUUAUCAAAUAUAGGUUAUCCAAACACUCCGGCUCGCUCCCCCUCUCCCCGGGUUGUACCAUCGCAGGCGGGGAGUGAACGGGAACUUGUGCGCCGGGAGCCGGAGAUGAAUACUUCAUCCCCUGACCCACAUAAUGGCGAUAUAUGAGGCUCGGUGAAGCGCUCCCCGCUGCAGCGGCGGCUCUCCGCGUCUCGACUCCCAUCUUCCUCCGCCUGGAUCCGACUCUCCUCUCCUCGCCUCUGCUCUGCUCUGCUCUCCCUCUCUCCAUCUCGCUUUCCAAAAGGCAGAGAGGAGGGAGGAACGGAGGAGACUCCUGCCGAGGAAAGGGCGACGGAAACGGAAAAAGUAAGUAGCUCCAGAGGGAAAGUAAAUGGAAACGUUAUCGCUCUCCUUGAUAAGCCUCGGUUGUUAUUGGCCCUUCAGCCGGCAGAAGGUAAAGAAGGGAUCAAGGCUCACCAGGGCUGGAUUGAACCUGAAGGGCCCAGCAGGCUGAGAUGACAGAGCGUCCAGGCGGCCUGAAGUUCCUCUGACUCCUCAGCAGAAACCUUCAACAGAACCUGAGGUCCAGCUUCUCCCGCUCCUGUUUCCUCCACCCCACCGUUUCCUGAACCCCUCCUCUGGUCAUGGCGCUCCCCAGUGCCAACGAAUUCCACUGGCAGAGCCUGGCGCGUCUGCCCUGCGGCCGCGUCUACCACUCUCUGUCUGAGGUGGGGGGGCAGAUGUACAUGCUGGGGGGCUGCGACGCUGCGGGGCGGCCGUGCCCCGGACUGGACCUGUACUCUCCUGAGGGGGACCGCUGGAUAGGCUUGGCCCCGAUGCCCACCCCCCGCGCAGGCGCGGCCGUGGCCGUGCUGGGGAAGCAGAUCCUGGUGGUGGGCGGAGUGGGAGAAGACCAGCGCCCUCUGAAGGUGGUGGAGAUGUACAACACGGAGGAAGGCAGGUGGAGGAAGAGGAGCGCGCUGCGGGAGGCCCUGAUGGGCGUGUCCAUCACUGUGAAAGAUAGCCGUGCUCUGGCUGUUGGAGGAAUGGCCGCUGACCUGCUCCCUCGCAGCGUCCUGCAGCAGUACGACCUCAGAAAGGACGUCUGGGCGCUACUUCCUCCCAUGCCGACUCCUCGCUACGACGCCAACUGCCACCUGCUGGGCAACAAGCUUUAUGUUGCAGGUGGUCGCCAGUGUAAGCGACCAGUGAAAGCUUUUGAGGUGUACGACACAGAAGCACGCUCCUGGACCUCGCUGCCUGUUUUGCCGUGUAAGCGCACCUACGGGGGUGUGGUGUGGGAUUCUGCUGGGAGGCUGUGUCUGCUGGGAGGAUUACGGCAAGGAGGAGGACACCAAAGCUCCAAGUUCACCAAGAACGUCAAUAUUUUUGAUACCAAUCAAGGCGCCUGGCUGAAGUCCGAGGAGACGGUGGCGUUGAAAACUAAGAGAGCAGACUUUGCUGCCGCCUUCUUGCGCGGCAGGAUGGUGGCUGCAGGCGGACUCGGUCACGAACCCUCGGCGUUGGACACGGUGGAGGCGUUUAACCCUCAGAAAAAGAAGUGGGAACGUUUGGCUCCCAUGAACUUCCCCAGAUGCUCCGCCUCUUCCAUUGUCAUCAGAGAUCGCCUCCUGGUGGUGGGAGGAGUUAACCAGGUUCCCAGCUCGGCCCAUGAGAUCCUCUACGUUAAAGAAGAAGAGUGUCUGUAGCGCGGUGCGACCGACGGCAGGUGAUUGCUGCGGAACUCCGCCUCUUUCCUCACUCAGACUCCAGUGCACAGAAAGCAGCAUGCGAUGUAAGAGGUAACACUGCCCCCUGCUGGAAGUAGCUGAGCAGCGCGUCUGAGCGCACAAUGGAGCGCCUGACUCCAUCUUUGGAUGGAGAUUUAAUGCCUGUAAAAGUGGAAUUCUUCUGGAAGUUUCUGCCCCCCCCCCAAUGUUUGGUCGUGUAGACAAACCAAUAUGGGAGAUUUGUUUUACUGCUGAUAUGUAUUUCAUCUUGUGUCUUCGUUCUUUACUUUAUGUGAUUUAGGAACUAUAGAUAAGGUGGAUUUUACAAAAUAUUGUAUCUUAGUGAGAUGAUGUGACAACAAUAUUUGUAGAUUAUUUAAUCAUACAGAUAAUACAGGGCUUUUUGUUUGUUUGCUUGUUUGUUUAAGUUACUUAUAGUACUGUGAAAGGGGCAGUAUAAUGUAAAAUUUA